AGGCACUCUUCGACCUCCCCAGGUCUCCUCUUUCCGUCUAGCAACACAGGACAACCAGGAAAGAACUAGCCCCGUUUGACGGCUCAAAUCAGAACAUUUGCAAAGCUAUUCAGCAACAGAUUUCAUAAGCUAGCCUAUCAACCUUAUUUUGUUAUGUGUGCCUGUAAGGAUUUUAAGUACAGCUGUAAGAGAAAUUAUAGGAGAUUUUCGUAGCGGAAAAUCACAGUCAAACCGGAAGCGAACCCCUCGGCGAUCGUGAAUCUUCGAUGUUUUCGUAGCAAUGUCGGGUCUUGCUACUCAAAAAGUUCGUCUUCUUCAAGGAUUAAGCGUCCUUGUUUUUUAUUGGACUUUAGCCUGCGGCACGUGUUUUGGGUUCGGAGCACUCAUAGUUUAUGUGGUAUUUAAUCGUUUGUUUAUGAUUUGGCCGCUCGGUGUCCUUUACCUGACGUGGGUAUAUUUUGUUGACCGUAAGACCUUUAGCCGUGGGGGUCGAACAGUGGAGUUCAUUAGAAACAACCCGUUGUUAAAGUAUAUGAGAGAUUAUUUCCCAAUAAGUUUGGUCAAGACCACAGAGCUCGACCCGGCGAGGAACUAUAUAUUUUGUUAUCAUCCACAUGGGGCUGUCUCAGAUGGUCUAGCUAUCAGUUUUGGAUCGGAAGCUUUGCAAUUCAGCAAGAAAUUUCCAGGAAUCGUCCCUCACAUUGGAGUGCAUUCAUGUACGUAUGGGUAGCAUAUUAGACCAGGGGUGGGUUACUCCCAUAAAUCUCGUAAAGGUCUGUGCCGCCCCUCUCUGAUUGUGGGGAUGGCGUAAGAAGAUGUGAGCAGGAAAAUCGGCAAAGGGGUAGGGUAGGGGGUGAGAGCAAGGGAAUGCCUGUAGUACUUUAUAACAAAAGCUUGUCCAGGUCAGCAUGCAAAGAAAUUAGUGUCCGAUAGCCCAGGGCUAGUGGAUUUUGCUAUCGGGCUAAUGAAAUCUGUUUCUAACUUGCCCGACGGGUAAGUGAUAGUUUUUGAGGAAUUUGAAUAACAGAAGAACUGUGAAAUCAAUUCUGCUAGUCAAAAAGUUUUUGGGGCUAGUAAAUGCUAGCGCAAGCUGUAAAAUUGAUUGUCCUUUGCACCCUGGUUCAGGUAUACCAGAUUCCGGUAUACCAAUUAUGAUUGGUUUAUUUUGACAACUCUUGUCAACACUCAAAGGUCCAUUACCUUGACUGGAAAUGUGAUGUGACGGCGAUGAGCUAGAGUUUGUGGUGAAUGUGGAACACUUCAAAAAUUGGAAAAUUCAAAAACUGUUCGUUAGAUUUUGGUUAAGUUGUUUUUAAAAUGGAGGCUUAUCAACAGUAAGCUGUGCAAAUUCAACCUAAUAAAUUCAGAAUUUUUGGCAUGUUUUCAAUCAUCCAUGCUGCCAUGGCAAUAAUCAAUUUUUAUGUUUAACCUAAUAAUGUAUUGUGAUGUACUGACACACUUGAGUGUUUUUUGCUUCCUGUUCACAGAUAUGGGUUGGUCUCCAAUCUUUCGUGACAUUGUAAUGGGUCUUGGUAUCGUAAGUGUCAGCCAUGAAAGCUGCAAGUUUGUACUGACUCAGCAGGGUCCUGGACAUUCAGUUGCCAUUGUUAUUGGAGGUUCCCCUGAAGUUCUUACCAUGUUUCCUGGCUCUUAUAUUCUUACUUUGGAAAGACGAAGAGGCUUCAUCAAGCUGGCCUUGGAGACCGGGUAACACUUGUCAUUUUUUCGAUGUGGCAUCGGGAGGGCUAAUUGAAAGGAAUUUGUUCCUGGAGGAACACUUCCAUGCAGGGGCGGAUCUUGGGGGAGGGUGCAGGGGGUGCACACUCCCCUCCCCCUGAGAUCACCUGCGGUUUUCUAAUACAAGUGGUAUUCUGCAAAAAAAAAAAACUAUGUGGUUUAUUGGUGUUGAAGUAGAGCAAGAGAUGAAUGCACCCCCUUCUAAAAAAAAUCCUGGAUCCGUCCCUGAACACUUCCAUGUGAAUAAGAUGGGAUGCCUCAUCUCUUGCUUAGAGGUGUACAGAGAUGGGAUGCCUCAUCUCUUGCUUAGAGGUGUACAUCGCAGAUUUUGGUCUCACUUAAAGAGUUCAGGACAGUAAACCAAAUGUUUUCCCAUACUGGUGUCACUUGAGAAAACAAACCAAGUGCUGUCAAGUGGUGUUGAGAACAGCAUUAAAUUAAUGCUGUUUUCAAUACCAAUUGACAGUGCUUUGAUGUCAACAUCUUUGACACAAUAAAAAUCACUAAAGCUUGGUUGUCCGAUCUGUCUCAGUACAGUCUCCUUUAGGGUCACAUUUUAAACGACUGGGCCACACCCAGAUUGGUGUUCUUUUGGGGUGUAAUUCUGUAUUUUCCAAGGAGCAUUCCUGUCAAAUUCACACAGGAGUUGCCUCCUCUCUGGGGAUUCCCCCAUUUAAUUAUUGUUCUUUUACUUCCUAAUGCCUAGGGCUUGAAGUUUUGACUGCAACCACUUGACUAUCACUCUGUAUUUAUUUAAGAGAUGUGUGUGUCUUUAGGAGCAACACUUAGGUGAUUCUCUAGUAAAAGAAACUUUAUCUUUAUUGAAUUUUACCCCGGCGACUCAACACGGUGACGGGAUGAAACAGGACUUGUGUCUGAAUUGAUAUCAACCCCUUCAUUACCCACCCAGCAAAUGAAAGGUUGUACAACAUCAUCGGGGUCCACACCCCCUAUUCUUUACGAACAGCAGUGUCUCACAAGAAUCAGAACAGUGCAAGAGCUGUGAGACGAGGCCUAGGGUUUUUCAUCCUUGAGUGCUGGUGCAGCCGGGGUUUGAACUUGUGACCUCCCGCUCAGUAGACUGGCGCUUAUUCAAUUGAGUUAACUGGGCAGCAUAGAUAUUUAAUGAAACUUGGUAUACUGUUGUAACAAGUCAAAGAAAUGAUGAAAACACCAUAAAAUGAGGGGUCACUGUGAUCAUUUUCAGAGUACAAUGCUGACUCGAAUUCAGCUAUUUUAAUAGUCACCUUAAUAAUAAUCACCUCACACAGCCCAAACUGGACAAAUAAGUCAGGCAUGAUUUUUCCAUGAUGCCUUUGAUAUCACAAAGAUCUUAACUUUGUUCUUUGUCCACCUAUUUACCAGAAAACGCCUUUGAAUACCUUUCUUACUACUUUAUUCUUCAAAGUAGACUAAACUUGAAUAUGCACUGUUCAACUUGUUACAGCUCAAUACCUUAGCCAUUCAGUCCUUUGAACUGGUGAUAACUAAGAAACUACUUCUUUGAUAUAUUUAAGGUCCCCCUUGGUUCCAGUAUUUGGAUUUGGCCAAAACGACGUGUUUCAUAUUAAACAGCCUAAAAUCGACUUCCUACUGACUUACAAACCUGGACGUAGCAACUGGGAGAAGUGGUCUAAAAUUUUCUUGAAGUGUGCCACGUUGGUAAUGUGUGGGCGUUUUGGAGUAAUGCCCUAUCCACAUCCUAUUGCUGUUGUGGGUAAGUUUCAAAUAAUAUUGAAGUUAGAACUUCAGUGUUGGAUCCAGGGGAGGGGCCCGGGGGGCUCUGCCCCCCUUAUUUUUCGACCAAAAUGAGGCCCAAAGGGCCGAAAAAUUUUUUUUUUGGAGACCGCCCCCCCCUUAUCUCAGGGUGUGGAUGACAGGCCCCCCUGAAGGUCUGGAUCUGCCACUGAACUUGCCCAGUGUUUACGGUACACAGCUAGAGAGAUUAGAGACCCUUAAAAGAUCGAGGUUUGGCCAUUGUAUAGACUUUCUCAAAGCCCUUCGCUUCUCACCCGUUUGCCUAUACUGGUUUGGGACUUGAGAUUCGCAGGGGGUGUUUUUUUUAAUUAAUCAGCAAAAGAGUUCUUAAAAGUAGUAUUUCUUCUCAAACCUGAGAUUGUGAUGUUUUGGGGUGCAAAAACCCUUGCUGUAAAUCACUUACCUCUAGAGCGAGGUCUGGCCAUACAAAAGCGAAACUCAAACCGCAAACCCAACGGCAAGGCCUUGGUCACGAGACCUCUUGACGUUCGCGGUUUGCUGGAAAUGCCAAAAAACCUCGAUCUGAAGCUACGGUAAAACGGGCAGCAAAAACGUGCAACUUGUUUUGCAACUUCCUGCAAAACGAGUUGAAUGACGAUGUUGCGUGUUUUACCACCCAUAAAUAAUCAAACCUGUCUUGCAACAAAUCAGCUAGUUGCAAGUUGCGUGAUUGCUGACUUCGAAUUGGAUAAAAUUACGCGGAAGUCACGCGAUACACUGGAGUUACGUCACUCACUGUGAAGCAAGUUUACCUUGGUCCGGUAAGACGGGCAAUAUGCACAGAUUUUGUUGCAAAAAGUAGAACUACUCUCUACUUUCUGCAACAAAUUUUCGCAACCUGCAACAUCCUAUAAGUUGCAAAAAAGGUUUGAACGUGGCUAGUAAAGACUGCAAUAUCGCUAUUCAACUCGUUUUAUACUGUUCAUUACGUCCAAAACAAUUAGCAGUUUCACGCCAGUUUCAUCCAUAAGAAUUAGUCUGCAUAGUUUUUGUAUGCUCAUUUCACUUGAUGGUUUUGAGAAACUGUCAAAUGGAAUCUGACAUUUGCUAUUAAGAUUCUAAAUUUCUCAAAUCAUGAGGUCAUUUCCCCGCCUUUUUUUACGUUAGUUUGUCUUUUUGAACGAGUAGUUAGUUUUGCGUUCAUGAGAAACUCAAGAAAAAACGAAAUUUUUAUCAUUGUCGGAUACAGUUUGAAUCGUAUCCUUUUAUCAAUAUGGUACAGAAACACGAGGAAGACUUGGGUAUGAGUAGAUUACCUGUCCUGUCACUACGAGAACGAGAUUUUCGCAAUACUAGGUGGUGCGCGCGCGUGAACCAGCGUCAUUUGAGCCGACUAAGAGAGAGUGUCGUAGUAGCUGAAAAAAAGUUAUCAAGUGUUAGAAGUUUUAUCAUUUUGCGAUCGGUAGAGCGCUUAACCUCCUUCAAGAAAAAUAACUUUGCUUAAGGACAAUGAAGUUUUCCGGGGUGAAUUUUUCUCUAAAAAGACGCCAAAAAACAUUAAGUUAAAUCUCGGCCGCGUAAUUUUCCACGUCCUCGAAUCUAAGGGUCUCUAAUACUAAGUUGAUAAAACCAAUUGUGUUUAAUUUGUUCCACUCAGCCAUAGACGCAGCGACACAAUUUGUUUAAAAACUUCCUCCCUAUUUUAUACCUUCUUAAUUCCAGGUUUCUAACAGGUACCAUCCACUUAGUACCAAACUAAGCACUGAGUGCAUAUGACAAAAAGGCUCCUGAAAGCUGUAUAAAUCUGCAAACAGAGACCUGGAACUUUUCAUAACAAGCAACAGCACACACAGCACUAUUUAAUGUGUAAAAAUGAUCGUGGUGUUGUUGGGGGGCGGUGAUUUCAUCACUUUGACUCACAAUGUAUGCAGUUUUCGUUAUAUUUGGGUACGCUCGAAACAUCAGUUUGCAAAUCACUUAAAGGAUCUUAAUGGUAAUAACUCUCUUCUUUACAUCAGAAGUUGGUAAAACGAAAUUUUAAUUCCGCCAGAGAAGCAAAACGUGUUGCAACAACUGAUUUCAACUCGAGUAGGAAGCCGUCUUUACUAGAAGUCAUCUGAGUCCACAUUUGCACAUCUACAAUGAUCGGCUGUACCCUUUGUAGAUUAACCAAUUACAACAAUCAUUAGCAGAAUCAGAUUAGUAACCUGUUUUUCUUGAUUUCCUUUUCAGUUGGAUCUCCUAUCCCAGUGGCGAAAGUGGAAAAUCCAAGCGAGCAACAAAUAAAUAAACUGCACUCGGAGUACAAAGAGAGACUUAUAGAGCUGUUUGAACAACAUAGGGAUGCAUGCGGUGUACCAAGAGAGACUGAGCUCAUUAUUCAGUGGUAGUGCUUGGCGAAGUCUUAGUUCAGUGCUCUGCGGCUAGUUUAAUGUCUUGUUAAGCCUACGUUUAAAAAAAGAGGGUAAUCGUAUCUGACAGAGCGAUGGGUUGGUGCGUUUUUAGGCUUGGCUGCGCGGAAUUAAACGAAGGAAAACUCGAAAUGGUACUUUAGAGGCAGCUUACAUAAUGUUUUCUUAAGGGUAAAAAUAAGAAGGUUAUAGCAUAAUACGAAAUUGCUCUAUCCAAAGAAAAUCCUGGACGAACGUUAUGUGAUAAACAUCAUCCACAGGCUUUGCCCAAGGUCCAAUUCACAAGAAAUGUCUCGUUAAAGUAUUCUUGCAGUUAAAAAUCUUACCUAUUUGUGACAAAACGAGACGCGUAUACCUCCCGUGUAUUGGGCUGCAGUGGUCUAAUAUUUUCUACGCUGACUUUAAAGCUGCUCCUAAACCGAAUAUAAACUAUAGAAAAAACACACGUUUCGGUUUUCAAUGAAUGGAAAAUUCAUGGUAAAAACUUGGGACCCCCUCCUCACAGAAGUCGGUCCCACUGCAAGGGGAAUAGGACACGUUCUAGGAGAUUCGUCCGCCAUUUUGUCUUUUUUCGACAUAGACACGACUAAUUUAAUUUAAUAAAAAAUACCAUCAGUUGCAUUAUUUUAUUCCAGAGAGGGCAUUGACGAAUAUGUGCCGCUGAGCAGGGUAUAUUUGUCGGGUCUUGAGUCUUAUUGUCAAAUUGGCCGUAUUUAUACUAGAGGACGUCUGAGACGUUUAUUCCUGUUAUCCCAAACCCACGCCCACAUCGCUAGAAAUCCCAGUCCGGAUUUUUCUGAUUUCCGGCCCCUGGAAAUGUAGUUUCCGUAAUUAAACAAAGACUUAGAUUCAGCAGUCACUAUAUAUCGCAUGCA